AUGCUUUCGGUCUCUCCCCCUCUAUCCUCACCAAAGCUGUUGAGGCUACUUUGCGCAUGUACGGCCAGCCGCACCAAGCAUUGCAUCGACACCAAGAUGGCGAAAACACGUCUGGCUUGCCUCCUGACUCUCCUCUCAACUCACUGUUACUUCACCGCGUUGGCAGUGGUGCUGAAAACAAGUGACGAAUUCCCCUCCACGGAUGAGUUUAGCAAGGUUGAGUUGUCAUGUUUGAUUGAGUCCAUUUCCACAAUAAAUCCCAGAAUUGAAUGGAAAAAGAUCAUAAACAAUAAACCGAGUUAUGUUUACUUUGACAAGAAGAUCUCAGGUGACUUGGAGAACAGAGCUGUGAUCAGAGAGCCGGCCACGUUAGUAAUAACCAACGCCACCAGAUCAGACACAGCCAAAUAUCGCUGUGAGGUCACUGCUGCUGAUGAUACGAAGUCUUUUGAUGAGAUUGUGAUCGACCUUGUAGUGAGAGUGAAGCCAGUGGUGCCAAAAUGCAGCGUUCCAAAGUCUGUGCCUUUUGGGAAGACGGCUGAGCUCAGCUGCGUGGAGGAGGAGGGCUUCCCCAAGUCCCAGUACCAGUGGUUCAAGAACAACGAGGAGAUUCCAAACGACCCAAAGACCAGUCCCAAAUUCUUCAACUCCUCAUACACGCUCAACACAGGAACAGGAACUCUGACAUUCACUGCAGUCAGAAAGGAAGAUGCAGGUGAUUACCACUGCCGAGCCAAGAACGACGCCGGACAGGCUCAGUGUGCGCCGCAAAACAUGGAAGUGUAUGACAUUGACAUUGUGGGGAUCGUACUGGGAGUGCUGGUGGUGAUUAUCGUGCUGCUAUGUAUAACGGUGGGAAUUUGCUGCGCCUACAAACAAGGCUACUGCUCCAGUCCGAAACAGACCGGAAACAAUUACAAAGUUCCAGCCAAGGGAGACGGAGUGGACUACGUCAGGACAGAGGAUGAGGGGGAUUUUCGACACAAAUCAUCAUUUGUGAUCUGAUAAUGGGAGGAGGACAGCGAGGGCUGCUCAGCUCAGAGAUGUGACAUGUGGGCCGGCCCUCCAGCUGUUGGACCGCCGAGCUGCAACAGUUCAAGCUCCGAGUUCACAGCAGGACUCAAAUCCAACCACUCAAACUUGCCAAAGGUGACAGGAGCCUGCAGGCCACAAGAUGUAAAAAUAGUAUCACCCUCAUUGAGUUUGUUUGCUAAAUUAUGGUUCUUUAUUUCCAGUCAUUGCAUGGGUUUUAACAUGAAUUGAGGAGGCAGGAAGGAAGCAUCUCUGAUCUGCCAGGUAGAAAAGGGGAGGAGCCUCUCUCUCCUCUGCAGGCAGUCUAUCAUGUCAACUUUCUACUGUAAACAUUUAGCUUUUGUCAUUUGUACAACAUUUGUUUUCUACUGUUGAAACACUAUUUUUGAUGGAAUAUAUUUUAAAAUGCCUAUAGAUAAAAGUUUACUUUUUUAAAUAUUUGUAAAAUACUAACAUGUGUGUUUAGGUUGUUUUCUUUCUUUCUUUCUUUCUUUUUUGGUUGUGGAUAAAAGUUUGUACCACUUUAACCACUUUGUGUUGAGCUGUAAGCAUUCUCACCUUUUCAGAAGAAAGAGACUGAAACGGGCUGCUGGUCUAGACCGAGGUGUGCGUCCUGAUGGGUGGUCUCACCCACUGAAUCGCUCCAGCCAGUCUGUGUUCAAUUAUUCGUGUUUGUCCAUAGUCUUAGUGAGAGGCUUUAAUGAGUGCCAGUCAGAUGCUGUGAAACACUGGACACAAUCCGAGCUGCGUGUUUUCUCAUUUAAGUGUCCUUACAGUUAAUCCCGUGUCGGUUGCCGUUACUGUCAGCAUAGAGUUUGCCGUCAUACACACAGUAUAUGUUGAGUACACUAGAACAGUGAGAGGGAUGAUGAUACAGGGUUUGUAAGUUAACCUUCCAGAACCAGCGGACCCAAACAUGACGGCUAAAAAGCUAGGUACAGGGUUCCUAUGCAGUCUGGACAAGUAACUCCUGCAUAUUAACUGUGGAGGAACCCUGAACCUGGUGUUGUUUCUCCUAAAGGAGAUCAAGUCUUCUGAAGACUUAAUGUUGAAUUACCAAUGGAUUUAACGGCAGAAGUACCUUAUUAGAAAAUAGUAUUUUAACCAGUCCAUUUAGUGUGCAGAGCUAAAAAUGUUCUAACAGGAACAAGGAAUAAUUAAUAAAGGCUGGGCUGCACCAACAAACAACCCUUCAGUGCAGGAAUAGUCUUGAUGGGAUUUAAGCAAAGCAGAUCAGAUUCAGAUCAACGUACAUUUUGUCUUGUGUGUCUUGUGUGUGUGGAAACAGAAAGGAGGAUCCCAGCUUGUGUCUUUGGGCUGUUCUGUGCAUAUUCACUAAAUGUUAGUGUUGUUUCUGAGCUGUCUAAAAACGUGGCCCUGGGUACGUUUCAUGGCUGUUUCUCAGCUGAGGAAGCACCUCAGACUAAACAGCAGCCUCAUCUCUUUGCUGUGACUCAUUCAGGAACAAUCCCAGCAGAAAGGAAGGUAGCAGCCAGCCGCUCAUCAUCACUCUGUAGUUCCUGUCACCUUCUCUUCCUACUGAUGAUGCAGUUAUGUCUGGACAGGGCUCCCCAACACUUGGAGCAAUUUAAAUGCAUCCAGUACAGAAACGCACUCUGUGCAUAUGAAAUGACAAAUAAAGUUGACUAAGUCUAAAGGCAGCUCAGUGUGGAGACCAGUUUAGCUUGGUGGGAUAGUUGGUACUGUAACAUAACACAAACCUCAGACACAGUCAUUUGCUGACUCAUGUAGCUCCAAAUAGAAAAAAUCUUACAUCUUUCUUGAUGUUAACAUUUUUAAAUAUCAUGUCAGAAAAAUCAAGUGAAACGUUCUCCUUGAAGUUAGAGGUCUGACACUAGCAAACCCUUGGGCAAGGCACUUAACCCCAAGUUGCCUACUGAGCUGCGUCUUGGUGUAUAAAUGUGUGUGUGUCAGUGAGAGCGACUGGGUGAAUGUGGCUAUAGUGUACAGCGCUUUGGGUGGUCAGCAUGACUGGAAAAGCGCUCUAUAAGUUCAGUGCAUUUACCAUUUACCAUGCAUCCACUGUGGAUGCUGUGUGUGUAAAAAGCUCCUCAUGCUGCUGACAUUUAAAUGUUGUCAUCACUUUUUAUUGGCUGGGACGUAGCUGUUCCCGCUUGCAGCUGGAACGCGGUGCAGUCGGUAGAGACUGGUGGCGUCAUUCCCACAUCCAGACACACAUGGAGCAAAUGGGACACCAACAGUGACGGGCGUGGCAGUUAUUUACUGCAUCUGUCACCUCAGACACACACAGGCUCAGAAACACAGAUUUUUGGGCACAUAUGUUUCAGCCAAAGUUCACUUGGGAAUACUGGGAUUUACGUCUGGAGGGUUUUUGGUGGAUCUCAGCCUCUGCAGCUUCAGUCACAGCUCCUGUUCUCAUUCCACUCAGCGAAGCUGAUGCUACACACAAGUAUAAAUUUCUCCGGGUUCUGGAGGGUUAACACUUGUACUGAUUGUAAAUAGAUGUUGGAGUGUUUUGGUUUUUUUUCUUUCUUUUAAGAUUAUGUGAAGCAGUGAAGACAUUUUUAAAAACUGAGGCAAUAUGAAACUCUUUCCAUUAGUGAGACUGAAAAAGGGAAACAUUUCAUCCAAUCUUUCACAACAGGAGAACAAGAGCUUCUUGGGUCAGCUUUAGAUGCUACAACAGAGCUCUUUAGUAAUUGGAGUUUCUAUCAAGUCUGUUAAAAAAAAAAAAAAAAA